UUUGGCAGCACCGGGUUGGUAAAGAAGGCCUAACCAAAAAGAUUUUCAAUCGACAACGACACUUGGCCCGAGAAUUGCACUGAUAAUGACCCAGUUUGCCUAAGGCUUCCAGUAAAUCCCCCAGCCUUGAGACUCGGAAUAUCUUAAAUGCAUCUUAUGGGCUGCAUUAAAAAUUCGUGCCAUGUGGCUGAUUCAACAGCAGUGUCUGAGAAAAAGUCUUUAUCUGUUUUACAAUCUAUUGAGGCUGAGGAAACCAGCCGCCCUUGUGUGCUGCCAAGUUUGGCGAAAUGCAAUCUUGGAUCUGGAGAUACAAGCUUUCCUGGAAAUUGUCUAAGAGCUCUGUCAAGAACAUUUGGUUGCUAUGGGUUUUAUGAGGUUACAGAAAGGAGAAGACAAACGAUGUAUGACUUUGUAAACGAGUGGUCACCCGAGCCAUUCGGACUUCACCGCAACAACUGGCCGGCGCAUUCACGCUGCCUCGGAGAAACGUGGAAAGUCUUCGGUCAGCCAGCAGAUUGCCUAAUGAAUCAGGAUAAUGAAGAUGAGAACUGUAAAUGCACCAGCCAUGCAAAGACAUCUAGAAGGCGACGCCUCAGAAGCAAAUCAGGUUUCUACCUCACUGUAAUGCCCAAUGGUCAAGUGCUUGGUGUAAAGGAUCCUACAAAUGCAUACAUAAACCUGGACGUGAUUCCUGUUGGCGCUGAUUUGGUUAAAAUUUGGGGCGUUGAGGCAGAAUUGUUCCUCAUGAUAGAUGACGCGGGACUCUUGCGAGCCACUGAUGUGGACAGUCAUGAAUGCAUUUUCGAAGAGUCAAUGACGGAAGAUUUCUGUACAAUGUAUUACAGUGCUAUGUACUCUCAUAAGAGAUGGUGCGUUGGACUCAAAACGAGACCACUCAGUACCUUUAGUGGUGCUCUUAGAAGAAACAAACUUUCAUUACGAGAUUGCUCCUUUAUAUCGGAGAUCGUGAAUAGGAGGUCGUCGACGUCAUCAUCACAAUCUUGUGGAAGCGAUGGGCGGACGUGCUCGAUAUAAACAUAAAUAUCUAGAUGCGUAGUUGAUAGGAAAUAUUAAAUAUAUUUGUAAUUGAAUAGCUUAGGCUUCAAAAGAGUUCAGUGAAGAUAGCAGUCAAAGUACUCCUUGAUUAAAAAUUUCCCAGUUAUUGAAACUAGUUGGUGGCUCUAAAUGUUUCUCGAUUCGUGGGAGUGUUUCAUUUUAUCAGCAAAAGUUGGAGUAUUUCAUUUCACGAAAGAGAUUGAUUCCUGUGAAAAUGAAAGCUGAACCAUAUCUAAAACGUUAACAUAUUUCCGCUCAAUUGCUCAAUUAAGUCAUUUUUGAAAUCCAUAUUUCUUAUUUUUAACAUUUCCAUACAUGAUAGCUUUGAAAAAUGAAAAAUGAAAGUAUUUCUGCAUAAAAAACUACCUCAGUUAUAGGGUUAUAAAACAAUCGAAAAAUUCACUUUAUGAUAGGAUAUUUAAAGCAUGUUGACCAGUUUGGACGUGGAAAACAGGGAAAGAGACUGCAUCCGCAUAAAUAUUGAAAAAGAUGGGCCUUUUUUUCCCGUUUCAUCAUCCUUCUAGACUUGUGUUUUAUGGAUACGUUACAGGGAGCUUUAUUGUGCCUGCGCAGGAGCUAUGCCCAUAAUGAGAUGCCCAUAAUGAGGGCUCUUGAGUAAUUACAGGAACUUUCAUUUCAAAAUGUAUUUUCCAGAAAUACCCAGCUUCAAUACAAACUGUGUUGAUAGAAUCCAUAGGAAGAAGAAUCCACGUUUGGUAAAAACGAAUCUCCUGGAGAUUGAUUUGUGACAGAAUUGUUGUCUGAUUCUCGUAAAGAUGAUUCACGAAUUUUCAGUUGUCCUAGGCGAUUUUUCAAUGUAGUAUUUUGGUUGCUUUUUCUGAAACGAUGGAAAUAUGCUGUUCUGUUUAACGUAGUUCGAAGAUUCAUAAAAGUUAGGUUUAAUUUUGUUGGUUUUCGUCAAGAAACAAAAUGAAUUGUGUAAAUAUUAUUAUGGACAAUAAUAUAUUUAAAUGUGAUAGUUAAUUUGUUUCAUCUUUAGGUGAUAGAUAACGUAUUAUUAUUAGAACUGUUAUUAUUUUAAUAUUGUGGUUGUUUGAACCAUUUACGUUGUACAUAAAUCGAGUGUUGAUUUCACGUGCGUUUUAAAAUUAUCAGUUGUAUCAACUCAAAGUUCAUGUCUUCAGGUUUUCGUUGAGAUAAAAUUCCACAGUUUUAUGC